AUGAAGGUUCGUCUGGCUGCGCAAGUGAUGAGCAACACAGUUGCUAUGGCACUUCAUCGGCGCUACCCCCAAGGAGAUGCUGGGGAAACUGCAAAGUUUUGUGAGAUGGUCAACAAGUUUUUUGACUGUCGCAAUACCCGGUCAACUACUGAGCACAUAAGAAAGCGGAAUGAGUUUCUAGCUGAAUACACUAGUCUCGAUGAUAGUCGUUUUGAUUGGCUACAAAAUGUAUCAUUGCAUAGCUUCAGGACUGGUACAAGAGAGUCCAAGAACGACCGGGUGCAUUUACAAGUGAUGAAAGAGGAAAGAUGUUCAUCUUGCAUCAAACAUACAAAGGGAUGA